AGCUCGGCGCGUGGGUAGGAAGCGGCUGCGGCGGCGGUUGAAGGAGGAAAAUGGCGGCGGCCGCCGCGCAGCUCACUGAUGAGGAGCUUUUCUCCGAACUGAGGCGACUCGGCUUCUCCCCGGGGCCGGUGACGGAGAGCACUCGGCCAGUCUAUCUGAAAAAGCUCAAGAAGCUACGGGAGGAAGAGCGGGCUGGCGGGGCCCGCGGCGUCGCCACCAACAAGACCCGGAACAGUAACAACAAUAACCUAGGGGCAGGAGGCGGCGGCGGCGGCGGCUUGGGGGCCAGGCUGGCCAGCGCCGACUUCUCCGCUUUGCCCGGCGCGGGCGGCGGCGGCGGCGGCCGGGCUCGCGCAGCUCCUUUCGGCGGCGGCAAAGUCCUGCUGGGCUUUAGCUCUGACGAGUCGGAUGUGGAGGCCAGUCCCAGGGGCCAGGCUGGCGCCGCCGGCAGCCGGAGGGAACGGGGCUCAAGCUCACGCCGGGACCUGAGGCCUGCAGCAGCGUUGGGCGCUGGCUGCCUCAAUAACAGCGCCUUGGCGGAGGCGCCGGCGCGGAGGAAGCCCAAUGCCUGGUGGGGGGCGACGGCUAGACAGGCGACGGUCACGGCAGGGGCUCGGGAGCAGACUGAGGGCGGGAGGGAGCCGGGCGACGGCGAAGAGGAUGACGGCGACGAGGAGGAGAGGAGGGAGGGAGAGCUGCAUCGGGAGCGAUAUAAGACCCGGGCAGUGAACGGGAACAGGUUCUUUUCCUACACCGGCGCGACAAGGAGGGACAAAUAUUCGGACUCCGAGGAGGAGGAGGAGGAGGAGGAGACGGCGGUGGGGUCGACCGAGGCUAAGCAGCAGGUAUUGAAAGAGGACUCGCUCGCUCGCCACUACCUGGCCAGAAAAAGCCUUAGCAAAUGUACCCAGUUCUCAGCCCGUAAAUGUGCUGCAACUGGCGAUGGCUUGAUGGAGGCAGGCCAGGGGCGCGGCGGCUCAGUGAACAUCAGGGUGGGGGCAGCUGCAGCGGCUGCCGGGGGAAACAUUAAGGAGAGCGGGGAAAGUCGCGAGGAAGAUGAAGAGGAAGCAGCAACAGCUAAAAGAGAUGGUGAACCUCUAGAGUCAAGUCCUCUUAUCCCUAGAUAUCGCUGCAGCUCCUCUAAGAAAGCCCAUCAGCUGUUGCUUCCACCACUGCUGGCUGACUUGGACAGUAGCAAAAUGACUGAUUCUCUGGGUGGUAACAGGAAAACAGCCAAUAAUCAUGUCCUCACUGGUGCACUUGGUGGCUACAGUACUGAACCCAGGAUCUAUACUGCAACCAACAGUCUCUCUCCAGGUGCUACUACUUCUGCCUCCACUAGAAUUAAUCACUCCAACCACACAGGUUCCAAUCAUACCUAUCUGAAAAACACCUACAAACAGAAGCUUUCUGAGCCAGAGGAAGAUCUUCUUCAGCAAUUCAAGAGAGAAGAAAUAUCUACCACAGGAGGCUUCAGUGCUCACUACCUGUCUAUGUUCCUCUUAACUGCUGCAUGCUUAUUCUUUCUCAUGCUGGGACUCACUUACCUAAGAAUGAGAGGUUCAGGAGCAGCAGAGGAUGUGGGAGUUGAUAAUAAAAAACGGUUCCCUGACAAAAUUGGUGUAGAAGCAAACAAUUCAAUUCUUAUGAACAGCCUAUACAAAGUUCAUGAUAAGCUGGCACAAAUAGCAGGAGAUCAUGAAUGUGGCAACUCUGUCAAGAAAGGUCUUUCUAUCCAGGAGGCAGCUACAUAUUUAAAAAGUUUGGGUCCAGAAUAUGAAAAGGAGCUUAACAAAUCCCUGCAAUGGAUUCUAAAUAGUGGAGAAGAUGUUGGUAUAAAGUGCAUUGGACAUAGCUUGGAUGAAGAAUCCAUGACCAGUACAGCUGAUGUAAAAUACCUAAUAUCAACUAGGCCACAGAUGUCUUUUACAUGUCGUUUUCGUCGUGCAUUUAUUACUGUAACAUGUAGAUCAUUAAUUCUGCUUUUAGGUGUAGGAAUCAUCUGGGGUGUCUUUAAAUAUAUGAAAUAUUGGUGGUCUAAGGAAGAAGAAGAGACCAGACAGAUGUAUGAUAUGGUUAUAAAAAUUAUAGAUGUUUUAAAAACCCACAAUGAAGCAUGUCAGGAAAACAAAGACUUACAGCCAUACAUGCCUGUUCCCCAUGUACGAGAUUCUUUGAUUCUGCCUCAAGACAGGAAAAAAAUGAAGAAGGUGUGGAAUAGAGCUGUUGAUUUCCUUGCUGCUAAUGAAUCUAGAGUCCGUACAGAAACACAAAGGAUAGGUGGUGCUGACUUCCUGGUUUGGAGGUGGUUGCAGCCAUCUGCAUCUUGUGAUAAAACAUUAGUCAUACCAUCGAAAGUAUGGCAAGGCCAAGCAUUUCAUUUAGAUAGAAGAAAUUCGCCACCAAACAGUUUGACACCAUGCUUGAAAAUUCGCAAUAUGUUUGAUCCAGUUAUGGAAAUAGGUGAUCACUGGCAUUUGGCAAUUCAAGAAGCAAUCUUGGAAAAGUGCAGUGAUAAUGAGGGAAUUGUCCAUAUAGCAGUGGACAAAAAUUCACGAGAGGGCUGUGUUUAUGUCAAGUGUUUGUCUCCAGAAUAUGCUGGGAAGGCUUUUAAAGCAUUACAUGGGUCUUGGUUUGAUGGCAAACUGGUAACAGUAAAAUAUCUUCGACUAGAUCGAUAUCAUCAUCGUUUCCCCCAGGCUAUCACUUGCAAUGCUCCACUGAAGCCAUCAAAUACACAUAUGAACUCAAUGUCACAUCUUCGUCUCCGGACAGGCACAACUAACUCUCAGGGUAACUCCUGAGACAUUUGACUGCUACUAGAACUGUUGACUUGCCGCAGGAACAUUUCCUGUCUGGCUCUGUCUUCCAUUUUUAGUACUUUUUUGUAUGUUAACAUUUUCAUUAAUCAGCGUUCCAGUGGUCUCAUUUUCAGGAUAUCUGAACAAUGAGGCAGUAGUACUGAAAUAAAAGAACAAUUGCUCUAUGAAGUUUUUGGAGCUCAAGCAAGCCAACACAUUAAGUUUUGCAUGACAAAUGUUGAAUUUAUUAAGCAUUCUCAGAUGUAGCUGUAUUUUUGCACCAACAAAGUGUUUGAUAACAGUUUAAAAGCAUGGAGAUGUACUGUAUUUCCAUAGUUUCCUGUGAAAUAAUCUUGUGGGUAUUUUGUAACAAAACCACCUACAGUUUCUGAUGGAAAGUGAGUAGAAGUAUUUGUUUCUGUCAGGUCUUUGGUUUCUGUUGCUGUUAAAGCUUCAUCUGUGUCAGCUUAGGAAUGGAAAAUAAAUUUUGCCAUAGUGGGAAAACCAACUGAAUGCAGAUGUACUGGUUUUGUAUAUAAAUGUAGGUGGUGCUGGUGGCAGUGGUGGCGGCAGCAAAAUAUUCUUGUUUUGUGAGGAUGUCUGCAUUAAAGCAGUGAAUAAGCUUCCUAUUUUAUUCAUAACCUAAUGUUUUAUAUAUUUUGACUGUACCAUUACAUAAAGGACAAACACCUUGAAGUAUUAGAUGCAAAUUAUCUUUUAUAGGUUUUAUAUUAAAAUAUAUGGUUAUGAUUUUUGUGUGAAUGGUCUGAUAUUGUAACUGUGAUAAUGGAUUCAAAAUUAUGUGAGCAAUAAAGAAGCAAUUGGCAGGUACUCAAACACUUUGUGAAAAUUUAUUUAUUACAAAAGGAAAGCUCUGGCAAUGUACCACUGGGGAAUAUACUUUCCUAUAUGGUUUUGCUACCUAAAGAUGUGUAAAACUAAAAAGAUGCACAUAUUUUGGAUGCAAAAUCUUGAUGGUUAGAGCUUAGAAAUGCAGUACAUUUACAUGAAGAGUUGUGUUUGUUCAAUCUUAAAUGUGUGCGUUGUUUACACCUAAAACUGCAAAAUUGCUGAAGUUUAGCUGAAAGUAUAAAAAAUUAGAUAUGAUAAAUCUUUUUGAAGCAGCAUAAUUUGUCAAUCCAGCUGGAUAUUGCUAAGUGAAGAGAUGGGAAACCAACCAGUUUAAAAUACAUUUAUUAAAGCCCAGUUUUAUUGUAGAUACGGAUCUGCAGCAUGAACUUGCACAAAAAAUGCACGUUUUCAUAUGGUUAAGUGAACAUGAUGCACACUUAUGUAAUGGAAAAUCCUAUUGUGCCUUACCUUUGUGCUUUUUUUGUGUGUGUGGGCAACAUGUUUAAUAAUGGACGGUUUCUUAUCUAGAAAAAACCUUAGUCUGUUUUAUGUCCUGGAUGCUAACAAACUAUUAUAUGUAAUCAGUCAAGCAAAAUUCUACUUACCAAGAACAAGUACAUAUUUUUGACAAGCAAGUAGAUUUUGUCAAGUCUGGUAGAUUUUUCUUGAGAUUUACAACAUACAUAUACAAAUAUGUACAAUAUACAUGUAUAUGUAUUUAUAUGUAUAUAUUCAGAUUUUGUUGUGUUUGUGCCUCAUAGUGAUUUAUUGACCUGAUCUUAGUAACCAUCUUGUGACCUGUUGCAAGUGUGAAUGUAAAAUUUAGUUGUGGCAGUUUAAAAGGUUGCCUUUUGAUGCAGAUGCAUCUUUCUUGCUUCUAAACUAUUUGUAAACACUGUACAUUUAUUAUAGUAAUCUGGAUUAUUAUGCAGCUUAUUUUACCUUUAAAAUGUUGACCAAUAUUCCUCCCUGCAAGACAGAUGGGAAUGUGUAUAAUAACUGGGACAUUUGAGAAAAUCAGAUGUUUGUAAUUUGUCAAUUGUCCUGUAAAAACACAAAAGCGAAACAAAACUAAUUAAAGAUUUAUUAGGGCUUUUUACAAA